AUGAAUCUUGAAUUAACUGAAAACAGGAAUAUUUCUCUCCCGUCUUAUUUCUACAUUAGUGGUUUUUCUGGCAUUCCUCACAUGAGAUACUAUUAUAUAUUUCUGUUUUUUGUGUACAUUAUUACUGUACUUGGAAAUUCUUGCCUCAUGUUUGUUAUCAUUAUGGAUCGAAAUCUUCACACUCCUAAGUAUUUAGCUGUCUUUAAUUUAUCUUUGACCGACAUUAGUGAGAGUACAGCUGCAAUCCCUCAACUACUGGACACGUUUUUGUUUGGGAAUCAGUUGAUACCAUAUGGAUUGUGCAUGUCCAAUAUGUUCUCUGUUUUGUUAUUUCUUGCAAUGCAGUCACUUACUCUCACUAUUUUGUCUUUUGACAGAUUAGUUGCUAUUUCAUUACCACUGAGGUAUCAUAUGAUUGUGACCCACGUAUCAAUGCUUGUUAUAAUUGGUGCUUCGUGGACACUAGCACUGUUACUAACAAUCAUUGGAGUAAAUUUCAUGAGCAGACUUUCUUUCUGCAAAUUUAUUGUCACUGUUAACAGUUUCUACUGUGAUCAUGGGCCUAUAUAUCGUUCUGCCUGUAACAACAAUUUCCCGAGUUCUGUGAUAGCCAAUUUGUUCCCAGCGAUCAUCCUUGGGUUUCCAGUAUUUUUUGUUAUCUUUUCAUAUACAUGCAUAGCUGUGACAUUGUUCAAAAUCACAACUCCACAAGACCGUCAAAGAGCCACAAAGACAUGUUCUGCUCAUUUAAUAUUAGUGGCUAUAUUUUAUGUACCCAUCACUCUUACAUAUGCGUUUUGGCCCUUUAUUAACACUAACACAAGGAUCAUUAAUCUUUCUCUAACCACUGCACUUCCGCCAAUGCUUAACCCUAUAAUCUACACAUUCAUGACAGAGGAGUACAUGGUGUCUGUGAAAAGACUUCUUAAACGACGAUUCAUACACCCAUCUCAUAAAUAG